UCCAAGGGAAUGCCUGGGAGACCGGCUACCUCCUCUUACCGAUGCGCGUGGCCGACUGUGUGUGGCACGCCUCUGCCCCGGAAGGACAACACAUCCAACUGAGAGUCACUGUCAUGGAAACGGAUGCAGAUGAAGAGUUCAGAGUUUAUGACCAUGGGACAUCCGUUGAUGACCAGUACCUCGUAUCCACAAUUCGAGGGUAUCCGUAUAUGGACGUCAAAGCAAUCAUGUCAUCUGGCCAGGGUUUAACAGUCAGAUACACAGCGUACCAAGGAAGAGAAAACGACCCUAGUUUUCGAUUCUUUGCGCUGGUCACCACCCUGCCCACACAAUUUUCGCGGAACGAAGAGGCUUGCGGAGGUCGCGUGCUGCUGACCGAGACUGAACAGACUACGAUCGUAGCCCCGUAUAACCUUCCUAAUACCGGUCCUCAUGCAUACUGGUUUCAAACGACAGGGAGAGCUUUCAGAGGUGACGGAGAAGUAUCCUGUGUCUGGACAAUAGUGGCGCCGCCCAACAGGAAGGUCCAAGUGACAUGGGACCAUACAGACACGCUGAAUGAAAAAGUCGGCAUCUACGAUCACGAAACUGUAUCCGGCGACCACGAGGUGACCAGGCUCCAGGGGGUGAUUGACUGGCAGAUGCCUGUCUUCACAUCAUCUGGUAGCGUGAUCGUGCUCUAUCUCAAACAGGACGGUCUCCAGCCCGACGUCGGGAACGGGUUCCGCGUUACUCUGCAAUCAACAGACGCUGUCAAUGUUCAGCCUGGCUGCGGUGGCUCUAUCGCCUUGGAUGAAAAUGGUCUGGCCACUGCGACCAUUCGCUCACCCUAUUAUGACGUCACAGAAACUACGGGCUCCAGCAUCAUGUGUUGGUGGUUCAUCACUGCUCCAUACGGCAAUCAGGUCCAAGUCGACAUCAAUGACGUCACAACGACCACCAACGAGAGGGUAAGAAUCACCGACGGGGCGACGCCAUCGGAUAAUCCAUCGUUCGAGCAUACGUUCACCGGGACAGUCACAGUGGAGGAAAGGCUGUAUUCUGGGGCCGGAGGUGUCAUCAUUGCUCUGGAAGAUCUUUCUGUUGCUGGACCGAACGGACGUGGGUUUUCUCUGGAGGUAUCCAUCGCAGGACCUGGCUAUUGCGAGAUCGUGGGUGACCCCCACUACACUUCCUUCGACGGGAAGCGGUUCGACUUUCAAGGUGACUGCGAAUACACCCUGGCAAAACCGUGCACACCGGAAACCGAUCAACUACCCGACUUCCAUCUCUGGGGGAACAACGUCAAAUGGACACCUUCAUCGAGGGUAUCUCUUCUAAGGCAGAUGUUCUUGAGCUACAAUGGAUCGACGUACUCCAUCGGCCAGCCGUCGGGUCGGACUAUCCGCGUUGAUGGGGUCCAAGUGACCGCCCCCGUGAACCAGAACGGUGUGUCCAUCACGUACGCAUACCCACUUCUGAUCAUUGAGACAGAGUUCGGAUUGAGAGUCACGUACGAUGGAGCCCAUUUUGGAAGGGUGUUCCUCAGCCCAGCGUUCGCCGGCAGGACUUGUGGUUUGUGUGGAAACUUUGACGGCAACACAGACAAUGAUUUCACUUUGCCUGAUGGAACAGUGACAGAUGACGUCAACCUGUUCGGAUUUAAAUGGAGUGCGGACGAAGACUUCUGUACCCUGAGCAUGGACCCUACGAACGAUCCGUGUGAACAAGACGCGGCCCUAGCCGCCCGGAUAGAACGGACCUGUGCGAUCUUUGACCCCGUCAGGAAUGGAGGUAUCUUUGGAGACUGUUCCACCUAUGUUGACCACUUCAACUACUUUACGUCCUGUCAAUUUGAUCUCUGCUACACACAUGAACUGAACAAAGUCAUCUGCGCCAGCGUACAGGAGUACAUCAUACUCUGCCAGACCAGAAACCCUGGCGCUGUCAUCGGAGAAUGGAGAAACCUUAUAGAGCAAUGUUCUUUCGAUUGUCCAGAAGGAACUGAAUAUCGGAUGUGUGGUACCGCCUGCCCCAACACCUGUGCCGACAGAACGGCGGCCGAGAACUGCCCGCGGCCCUGCCAUGAGACAUGCUUGUGCCCCGAUGAGUUGGUGCUGGAUGGUGAAAAGUGUGUCGCGGUCGAAGAUUGCGGAUGCACCCUGCCUAACAAUGUCUACCUCUCUUCUGGGGACAUCUGGAUUACCCCCGAAACGUGCGAGGAAAGAUGUGGGUGUGAAGGGGGAGUCGUGACGUGCCAACCUCUCGGCUGUGGAGAGAAUGAGGCAUGCGUCGUGAGGAAUGGAGCCAGGGGUUGUUACUGCCAAGACAACUUCAUCCUCAACAAUGAUGGAGAAUGCGUACAAGCACCUGCUACCUGCACCAUCUCCGGUGACCCUCACUACACGACCUUUGACCGGUUCACCCAUCACUUCCAAGGUGACUGCAUGUACACCCUGGUGAGGCCCUGCCAAGCCUCUGACCUCUACCCGGACUUCCACAUCUGGGGGGACACCAUCAAGACGAGCCCUGCCGCCACCGUCGCCUACCUGCAGACAGUCUUUCUGCUUCUCAACGACACCACGUAUACGCUAGCUCAGGGCAAGGCUUUCCUGGUCGAUGGCGUGGCGAAGUCCAGCGUCAACUACCAGGACGGAUCUGUCCGUGUUUGGUCCGAUGCUAGCUUUCUGACCCUGGAGACGGAAUUCGGCGUCACGAUUCAGUUUAAUGGUGGCUCUAUAGCCUACAUCCAAGUAUCUCAGGAGUUCUGGAAUAACACAUGUGGUCUUUGUGGAAACUUUGACGGCGUCAGCUCAAACGAAUAUACAACGAGUGAUGGAAAUUUGACUGGUAGUGUGGACGUGUUCGGUAAUAGUUGGCAGACAGGUCCCGAAGAAUGCCAGGGUAUCGUCACUCCACCCAAUCCUUGCGAUGUGAAUCCUGUUGCCCAAAUAGCGGCUCACGGAGCCUGCAACAACCUCAAUAAUCUCAACGGACCGUUCCAGACUUGCUUGGACUUUGCGGACCCGAGCGAUACGUACACGUCAUGUGUCUUUGACGCAUGCGUACUUGGUGCCGACAAUGACGCGGUAUGUGACCAUUACGAGCAGUACGCACAGAUUUGUCAAACUCUUGGACAGCAAGCCGGUGAUUGGAGGACUCCUCUAGCACAAUGCGCCUUCACCUGUCCUGCAAAUCAAGAAUACAACCCAUGCGGCUCGCCAUGCCCUGCUACCUGCACCAACCCGACGGCCCCCGAUACUUGCCCGACACCUUGUCGUGAAACGUGCACCUGCCCCGAGGGGCUACUGUUCGAUGGGGAGUCAUGCAUUGAACCAGACCAAUGUGGAUGCAGUUACGAGGGUUCAUACUAUUCCAACGGGGUGACUUGGACUAGUGUGGACUGUAUGACGUCAUGCUCGUGUGUGUCAGGUGACGUAGUGUGCGGUACAAACACGUGUCAACCGAGUGAGGAGUGUGCACUGGACGCUCAAGGAGUACCGGGAUGCUACUGCCGACCGGGGCUUAACCGCACCGAGGGCGUAUGCGUUGGAGAGAUUCCGCCAUCUGCAGAGAUACGCGUUGCUUGUGACGGGUUCGCUAUGUCCGCCAAUGUGAACGAUGCAGCUAUCAUAGAAGAUAUCGAACGAGAUGACUUUACCGCUGCAGAUGUGGUGUGCGGUGUGUUCACCUAUGAUCAGACCGCGUUCACAUUCGAGAAGUUCUUCGAGUCGUGCGACGAACAUAUCGCUCGAGCAGAGGUAUCAGAGAAUGAUGUUAUCUUCGCUGAUGUCGCCACUGCGCCACUAGAUGUACUCACUGUGGGAGCAGCGAAUCCGGGGGAGGAUAACGCCCGAACCGCCAUCUUCUGUGAAUUCCGACCUGUGUUAGCCUAACUCUGAUACAGGUGUCUUAAUAAGCUACUUUGGGGACAAAAGGACCCCCAAAUAUCCACAGAUCUGUUACACAUGGAGACGUCCCAGUUUGUGCAUUUUAGAAUAAUCACUUCCAAAGUGAUGGAUGUGCUUCAUGAA